AUGGCGCCACCACGCCCGUCCAAGCCCACUCGUCGAGCCCGUCGAUCCCGGCAUCCUCGCGAUCCCUCGUCGCGUAUAGAGCUCACCACCCUCGAGCCUCUCCACCCAGUCUACUACAUCAUCCUCGACCACCUUCUGCACAUGGCCCCUGCCACCUACAUUCGCCUCUCGAAAGGCCUUCGCGACUAUGGCACCGCGCGCCUCUCAGCGCCGUUCGACUUUGACGAUCAGCUGGUCUCGCGCUUUCACGAAUCUGUCAAGAAGCAGCAAGACGUCAGAUGGCUGUUCCCCAUCACGCAAUCGCGUACCAUCAGAUUCCCGAGCUACCGCCUCUUCGCGACGAUGGUCUGCCUUCUCAGCCAAGUUGAGCGACAAAAGAGGCGAACGCGCAAGGCGGGAGCAAGCUACCCCUGUCAGUAUCACCCAACGCCUCUCUUUGCAAGAGCCACGAGUAUGGAGAUCAGACUCGACGAGGCUGUCCCGUUGCGCAGUCUGUUCCAGCAGAUCAACGCCCAGCUUCAGCUGACAAACGCUGCGUAUGCUUAUGGGGACAUGACUUCACACGUGGGCCCUCGCUUCCGGAACUUGGUCCUGCAUCACAUCAGCGAUAGCGCUCUGUCCACCCUCAUCAGAGACUGCGCCACAAACUACAGAAAUCGGCACAUUUGCGAAAUCAGCACAUGCCUCUGUCUGUACACCACCUCCCCGGUCUUGACAACGACAGUAAAACUGUCCAUCUCCGACUCGCGUUUCCCCGAACCUUCCGCCUUAUCCGCCUCUCUCACCUCCCUUCUUCGUUCUUUGACUUCUAAGAAGCCCAGCAAAAUCAUAAUCGACAUCUCGGGCCCUACCCACAGUUCGCUCCGCCAAGCUGUUGUUGACGCUAUCGCCAAACACAUCUCGAUGAUGGCUGAUAGCGGUUAUCUUUCGCAAGCGAAGAUGAUGAGAUUUGAGAUGACCGGGAGGUAUGAGCUAUAUGCUAGAGUGUGGAAAAAGGUUAGGGAAAGGCGUUAUGGCAAAGACCUCAUGAGAGUGCUCAGGUCUAUCUACAAGAUUGAUUGA